AUGGCACAAACUGGAGAUCUACUAGCUCAGGACCAGUUAAGCUGCCCAAUCUGUCUGGAUCUACUGAAGGAUCCAGUGACUAUUCCCUGUGGACACAGUUACUGUAUGGGCUGCAUUAAGGGAUGGUGGGAUCAGGAUGAUCAUACUGGUGCCUAUAGCUGUCCCCAGUGCAGAGAGACCUUCACGACAAGGCCUGUUCUGGGCAGAAACACUGUAUUGGCUGCUGUGGUGGAGAAACUGAAGAAAACGGGACCCCAAGCUGCUCCUCCUGCUCACUGUUACGCUGGACCUGGAGACGUGGAGUGUGAUGUCUGCACUGAGAGAAAACGCAAAGCCAUCAAGUCCUGUCUGGUGUGUCUGGCCUCUUACUGUGAAACUCACCUUAAACUUCAUGAUGACCUCAAUCUGAGAAAGAAACACAAGCUGAUUGAUGCUUCUGGACAGCUGCAAGAGAAGAUCUGCUCUCAUCAUGAUAAACUGUUAGAGGUUUACUGUCGUACUGAUCAGCAGUGUAUCUGUCUGCUGUGUACAAUGGAGGGACACAGAGGCCAUGAUACAGUCAUAGCUGCAGUAAGAAGGACUGAGAAACAGAAGCAGCUGGGGGCGACACAGAGGAAAUUCCAGCAAAGAAUCCAGGAGAGAGAGAAGGAGCUGCAGGAUCUGAGACAGGCUGUGGAGUCACUCACGCACUCUGCACAGGCAGCAGUGGAGGACAGCGAGAGGAUCUUUACUGAGCUGAUCCGCUCCAUUGAGAGAAGGCGCUCUGAGGUGAAAAAGCUGAUCAGAGAUCAGGAAAAGGCUGCUGUGAGUCGGGCUGAAGGACUCCUGGAGCGACUGCAGCAGGAGAUUGCUGAGCUGAGGAGGAGAGACGCUGAGAUGGAACAGCUUUCACACACAGAGGAUCACAUCCAUUUCCUCCAGAUUCCUGUCAGCUCACACUGGACCCCAACACAGCGCAUAGCAAGCUCUUUCUUUCUGGGAGGGAGGUGA